AUGGCCCCGACGUCUGCGCUCUACGGCUCGUCGCCAGACGUGUCCCGCCGCAUCCUCGACGACAUCGAGCAACAGUUCUGCCUCGACAAGGAUGAUCUCAUCCGCAUCACCUCCCAGUUCCUCGAGGACUUCAAGCUCGGUCUGGGAGAGUACAACCACCCGAUGGCCAUGAUUCCGACCUUCGUUACCGGCGUGCCAGACGGAACGGAAACUGGCACUUUUCUCGCGCUCGAUCUUGGUGGAACCAACCUUCGUGUGUGCGAAGUCGAACUACUAGGCAACCAGGAGUUCGUCCUUCGGCAGCAGAAAUACAAGGUGUCAGAGGCUCUCAAGACAGGGGAAGCCACCACACUCUUCGAUUACCUUGCCGACUCUGUAGACGCUUUCCUGACCGAGUUCGCCUCCGCCGUCCCUGCGAGCCCUACCACCGAGCAGGCCAACCCUUUCGCAUCUCCCUCCCUCAACGACCUUCCAGAACCCGCAGUACCCCUUGGCCUUACCUUCAGUUUCCCUGUCGAGCAAACCGCUCUCAACCGAGGGAAAGUCCUCACAUGGACGAAGGGCUUUGCCGCAAAGAAUGCCAUCGGAAACGACGUCGUGCAAUUGCUGCAGGACGCCUUCGACCGGAAACAUUUGCAUGUAAGGUGUGUUGCGCUAGUGAACGAUACUGUCGGAGCUCUCCUGUCGCGUGCAUACACGAGCGGUGGUUGCAUCCUCGGUAAUAUAUUCGGUACCGGAACGAACGGCGCAUUCGUUGAACGUGUCGAGAACAUCCGGAAGUUGGGUGACUCACCAGCACGACAGAAGGGUGGCUUCAUGGUGGUAAACACCGAGUGGGGUGCAUUCAACAACACCCGGACAGUGCUGCCCACCACACCGUACGACAACAAGGUCGACCGUGAAUCGAUCAACCCAAGACUGCAAGCCUUCGAGAAGUUCAUCUCCGGAAUGUACCUCGGAGAGAUCACCCGCAACGUCCUCCUUUCCCUCAUCGACGCGGCACCAAAGCCACUGCUAUUCAACGGCCGGUCAAGCAAGCAGCUCAACACACACUACGGCCUCGACACCGCGGUCAUGUCCGAGGUCGAGGAGGCCUGGGAGAUCGGCCGCGUGCCCAUCGCCUCGUCCGACGUACCGAACUGGCAAUCCGCGCACUUCACGGACGUCGACGCGCUCUCGUCAGAAGACAUUUCGCGUCUAGAACGUAUCCGCAGCGUCAUCAUCCAACGACUCGAUAUCGAUGCGGAGAACGUCUCCCUGCGCGAUGCGGCCAUCGUCCGCUGGGCUUCGUCGCUCGUCGCUAACCGUGCAGCCAAGCUGAGUGGCUGUGCGGUGGCUGCGGUGCUCGUGCAGACUGAGCGUGCGAAGCUCGGUGGUGGUUUCGCGACGGACGAGCCCAGGAUCUCUAUCGGUGUUGACGGCAGUCUCAUCCAACAUUACCCUAACUUCAACGCGCGUCUGCGCGAGUCGCUACGGGAGCUCGUCGGGGUGGAGGUCGAGAAGAAGGUCGACAUCGGCCUCGCGAAGGACGGUAGUGGUGUCGGAGCUGCCCUGUGUGCGCUCCAGGCGACGAAGCAAGGCCACUAG